AUGCUCUCGCCACCAAGCACAGACAACGACGAGCCGCUCGAGCUGCUCGACUUGCCGUCUGAGAUCUUGAGCCAGAUCGCGACCUUCUUGCCGCAGCGCGACCUCAUCCACUUCCUCUCAACGAGUACCGCACUACACACGCUCACGGAUACGCACUUGACCCCUCUCCGCGCCGUAAUAAAGGGUGUCGUGCGAAAAGGUCCGCCCUAUCCGCCGCAGUUUGAGGUACUACCUUCCCUCCGCUACUUUGUGGGCGAUGACGAUGGCCGCCUCUUCCUUGACGUACUUGUGCGUGCGCCGGCUCGUUGGCUCCUCGAGCGCUUCGAAUUUGGGCGCUGGACCGACGAAAUCUGGAAGGAAGCGUUCGACCGCCGAUUCCUUCCCAGUUGGAAGAGGUACAAGAACCCCGAGGACAAAUGGCGGGGCGCGUUCCUGCGCACCCUCGGACGGCUCGACCACAGAAGCGCCGGAUGUGCUCACCACGAGUCCUGGACCAGAUUCAUCCAUCUCAGGCGCAACGGGAGUGCGUCACUCAACAGAAUAUACACGCGCACCUUUGACCCGUACGAGAUCAUCGACGAGCUCAAGCACCAGGGCGGGGUUGCAGAAUACCCCACCGUCGUUCGUGUCCUCUGCCAUCUGCAGGAUGUGCGUAUCCUCGCCGUUGGCGUGCUCGCCGACAAGCCGUCGUACUAUGUCAAUCCCAAUGCGCAUUUUGUCGUGCACCCGCCCCUCCUGCGCCCCGUGACUGAGAAGACGAAGCCGAGGAAGAUGCCACACCGCAACAGCGCCCCGCCGCCCGGCACAGGUCCCAGCGGCAUCCCAGCGCCACCGCCGAGAGCCAACUCAAUCUCCUUCGCGGUCCCCGUCGUAGCCGCUCCUGGGCUCUCUAUGGCCACAGCUACCCAGUCCGAACGUUCUUCGCUCUUCGCUGGGUUCAGCUGGAGGCCGGGCCGGCGUCACUCGGUUGACAACGGUCUGGCAAGUUCCACGGAAAACGCCGAGGCGGGCCCCUCAACGCCGCCUCUCACGCGUUCGUGGAGCCGCGAGAGUGACCGGCGCAGAUCGUGGGCCCCAGGCUGGGGCCGACGAUCCUCAACCACCAGCCUGCCCUUGGAGACUCGCCCGCUGUCUCCGCUCGUGCCCAUCCUCAACACCAGCAAUACCAGUGGAAGUGCGCCGACAGGUGAUGCGGGUGACAGUCCGAUCGUAACCGCGCAACAGAUGGAACAGCUCUCCAUCACGCCGCCGCUCACCCAGCUCGCCACUCCGAUUGUCCAUCCAUCCGAAACGCUCCCAACCCUUCCCGAGCAUCACUCUGAUCCGCCUACGCCGCCAACCCCCCAACCUUCUCCCCCGCCGAGCCGCAAGCGCUUUCCCUACCGUCCGCUGCAGAUUCCAGCGCCAGCCUACAGCCACACCCAAUACCCUAACUAUACGCCGUUCGAGGAGGACCCAGACGAGACGACGCUCGAGGCUCUGCGACGUGUGCGCGACUUCCGUGCCGACUACCGUGAAGUCGAGGAGGACGCCGAGGACCGCGUGUGGUCGGGCAACGAGGGGAUUUGGGGGCCCGACAGUGAGGCCAUGGCCGAGACGAGUGUCGAGGACAGGCGGUCACGCUGGGUCGGGCCUAUGAUUAUUAUCGCGCAGAUUUUUCCCGGAUCGCGCAAGGAGGCUUAUCCCCUCGGUGCGCCGCAGGACUCAGAGGUUGAAGGUGUGCAGCCCAACCUCGGCCCCAAUGGAAUGUACGCCAGUUUUGGGUGGGAGGACUUUGACACGUUCCUCCCCUGGAUCGAGCUGCGGGGAUCUGGCGCAGACCACGGGGCGCGUCGCGCGGGCAUGGGCUUUGAGAGGGCGACUGAGGAGUAG